ACAAAUAAUUGGUGUAGUAUUAUAAUAAACUUGAUAUUUGAGAUUAAUUUCAUCAGAUAAUUUAGUAAAUAAACUUUAAUUAUACGAAAUCCACAGUUUUAUAAACCACUUCACUGGGAAUGUACAUUUUUAUCAUAAUAAUACAUUCGUUGAUUUUUAUUAGUGUAUCAGAAAUUGUUUCAAUUACAACGAACAAUAAAUAGUUAAAAUUUAUGCGUUACACGUGAAAAGAGAAGUAGUUUCAACAUUUUCUAAAACAUGAACUGUGAUUUUACACCCAACAGACGACGAUCCAUAUUUGAGAUGAAAUUGUCGUCGACUUGCGGUCCGGCUCUGUUCAGCGACGAACCGGAAGCGAUGAGAAUACGAGACGCAUGCGAUUAUUCUCAAAAAAUUACGUACGAAAUAGCAAAAAGCGGACGAGCACCUCGACGGAUACGAGUCUACGCUGACGGUAUAUACGAUUUAUUUCAUCAAGGCCACGCCAGGCAAUUAUUACAAGCAAAAAACGUUUUCCCCAACGUUUAUCUUAUCGUUGGAGUUUGCAGCGACGCCAUGACGCACAGCAAAAAAGGUCGUACCGUAAUGAACGACGAAGAACGUUACGAAGCCUUAAGACAUUGUCGAUACGUGGACGAAAUAGUCCGCGACGCGCCAUGGGAAUUGAACGAAGACUACGUCAAAGCGCACAAAAUCGAUUUUAUAGCCCACGACGAUAUACCGUACGAAUCGCAAAAUAGCAACGACAUAUACGCACCGUGGAAAGCGAAAGGGAUGUUCGUGGCGACCGAAAGGACGGAGGGCGUAUCGACGUCCGAUAUCGUCGCUAGGAUAGUGAGAGAUUACGACAUAUACGUAAGAAGGAAUUUGGCGCGAGGAUAUUCGGCCAAGGAUUUGAAUAUAUCCUACCUCAGUGAAAAGAAGAUUCGGUUGCAGAAUAAGAUGCACGAUUUGAAGGAUAAAGGACGAAGAGUAUUGGAUACUAUAGGAGAACGUAAGGACGACAUGAUAGCGAAAUGGGAGGAAAAAUCCAGGGAAUUCAUCGAGAAUUUUUUGUUAUUGUUCGGUAGGGAACGUCUAUCGAACAUAUGGAACGAAAGCAAAGAGAAAAUAUUGAGCGCUCUGAGUCCCCCGGUAUCGCCGCAUCCGCCCGCCAGUCCUACCUCUAGCGACGACGAAUUCGAUUUUUCCGAAGACGGUAUGCCGCCGCCUAUCAAAUCUCAACGCAUCGACGAUUCGACACCGCCUUCGUCGUCGUCGACGUCGAGAAAUAAUUAUUACAGCGUCGACGAUUAUAGCGACGAAGAAGACGUUUCGAUACCGAUGAAAAACGGGAAGUUAUAACUGUUUCGAAUAUAUAUGUAUAUAUAUUUUUCUUUUGUUGAUUUUAAUGAAAUUUUGAAAAAUUCGUUAGUGGUUUUAGAUGAUUGUGAUCCGUUCUCGCGGCUUUAUACGCCAUUGUAUUUUUAUUUCGAAUUGCGUCGAAAAGUCGAUGAGAUUUUGUUGUACGAAACGUUGGCGCGGUUAAAUUAUUGAAUGUGUGAAAUUAUUUUACCAAAAUUUUUAUUUAUUUAUUGAAUAUUUGAUUGUUUCGGUUGUCCGUCCGGUGAUUAUGCUUUUUAGACGAGAAUUAUGCAAAAUUACCUAUGAAAUAUGCAUAAUUACCGAUCAAAUAUGCGAAGUUACCGAUGAAAUAUGCAAAAUUAUCGAUCAAAUAUACGUAAUUACCGAUGAAAUAUGCGAAAUUGUUAGUAAUUAUGCAUAAUUACCGAUGAAAUAUACGAAAUUUCCAAUGAAAUACGCGAAAUUGUUGGAAAUUAUGCAUAAUUACCGAUGAAAUAUGCGAAAUUACCGAUGAAAAAUACGGAAUUACCUAUGAAAUAUGCGAAAUUAUUGGUAAUUAUGCAUAAUUACCGAUGAAAUAUGCGAAAUUACCGAUGAAAUAUGCGAAAUUACCGAUGAAAUAUGCGAAAUUACCGAUGAAAUAAACGAAAUAACCGAUGAUAUAUGGAUAAUUAUCGUUAAUUGGGUAAAAUUGUCGAUUACCAAGGAAAUAUGCGAAAUUACCGACCGAAUUUGCAGAAUUACCUUCGAAAUAUGCAAAAUUAACGAAAAAAUAUGCGAAAUGACUGAUGAAAUAUGCGAAUUUGUCGGUAAUUAUACAAAAUUAACGAAUUUCAUAUUUAUAAUUACCGUUUAAAUAUGUACAACCAAGUUCCUUGUUGAGGUAAAUGUCAAAAAUUCGACAUAAUCGUCGAAAAUUAUUGAUAUCUGUUAAUAACCAGAUUAAUUACGAAAUAUGGAUAAUUACCGACAAUUACGUAUAAUUACCGUCGAUUAUGCAUAAAGACUGAUAGAAUAUAAAAAUUACCGGAUCAAUCGUCGUAAAUAUGCAUAAUUACCGACUAAAUACACAUAAUCACCGGAAAUUGCCGCCGAUUGUUCUUCAUUUCAGACAGAACAUCCAAAAUUACCGAUGAAAUUUGCAUAAUUACCGACAAAAUAUGCAUAAAUGCCGGUAUAUAUAAUUAUCGACAAAAUAUGCACAAUGACAGACAACUACGAAUUAUAACAGACGAAAUAUUUAUUCAAUAUAAUCGCACAUUCUCUCAAUAAAUUUAAUUUAUGCGAAAUCAUCCAUAAUUACGCAUCAUUAUUGACGAUUGUGCAUAUGCACCGAUAAAAUAUGCUUAAUUACUGGCUUAAUCACAUUUAAUUUUAUGGAAAAUGUUUAUCAUCGGUAUUUAUGCAUAUUUUGUCGGUAAUUCUUCAUAUUUUGUUGGUAUUUAUGAAUAUUUUGCCGGUAAUUUUGCAUAUUUUGUCGGUAAUUAUGUAUAUUUUGUCAGUAUUUAUGCAUAAAAUCCGUAAAUUUGUAUAUUUUAUCGAUGUUUAUGCUUAUUUUGUUGGUAUAUAUGGAUAUUUUGUCGAUCUUUUGGCAUAUUUUGUCGAUAAUUUUGCAUACUUUGACGGUAAUUUUUUAGACUUGUUGGUAGUUUUGCAUAUUUUGUCGGAAAUUUUACAUAUUUCUUCGGUAAUUUCACAAAAUUACCGACAUUUUUGCAUAUUUCAUCGGUAAAUUCGCAUAUUCCGUCAGUCAUUAUGCAUAAUUACCGGACGAAUUAUAUUCACCGUAACUUUUAUAUACAUUGUUUCUUGAUUAGAAUAAAAAAAAACUAUUAUGUAUUUUUGUGUACCGAUCAACUUUUUUUCUUAAUACAGUAAAGCGGUUAUUUAAUAUUGUUUCCAAAAUAAAUUUCGUUGCGAUUAUUUAUUUUCUGAGCGAUAUUAAAAGCGUCUUACUUUACAA